GUUUUAUAUUUUACAAAUGGUAGCGGUAUUGAUGUCAAAAAUAUUUUGAGGUUGUGGGUGUUUUAUGAUCAGCUGAUUAGAUAGAAUUUUGUAUUUGCAAAAAUGUCGGGUGGUUCUUCAGCCGGUGGGCAGAAGAACUAUGGCUCAAUGAGUACCGUGCCAAACAUCGACUUCAUGGGCACCUUGCAGUUCAGCCCGACGGAGUUGUACAGCCUCAGCGAAAAUAUAACUACCAACAUCUACACCAUAAAUACGAACUGGAAAAAUUUGGAACGAGCUUUGAAAAGCAUUGGUACAGAAAGGGACAACCAGGGUCUGCGGGAUCAAGUACACGUGACCCAGCUGAGCUGCAACCAGAUCGUGGGGCAGACCACGCGGGACCUGCAGCGACUGAACUUCAUCGUGCGACGCGGCGACAAGCAGCAGAAGCUGCAGGUGGACAAGCUGACCAACGACUUCAAGGAGGCGGUCCAGUACUACAGCAAGAUGCAGAAGCAAGUGGCGGAGAGGAUGAAGGUGUGCCUGCUGCGGAGGCAGUCGGCCGAGCAGGGCGAGGGGGCCGGCGAGGAGGAGGAGGGGGCCUGGCUGGACGAGCAGGCGCAGCUGGCCGCGCAGAAGACGCGGCUGCGCGACCUGGAGUUCGACACGGGCUUGCUGGCGGAGCGCGAGCACAGGAUACGGCGCAUCGAGGGCGACGUGCUGGACGUGAACCAGAUCAUGCGCGAGCUGGCGGCCAUGGUGCACGAGCAAGGGGACGCCCUCAAUACGAUCGAGAGCAACAUAGAGAACGUGCACGGACACGUGGAAGAAGGCACGAGCCAGCUGCAGAGGGCAGCGCAGUACCAGAACAAGUACCGCAAGAAGGUGCUGAUCCUCGCGUUGGUAGCAGUGGUGGUCGCGAUCAUCGUGACGAUCGUGGUGCUGACCCAGCUGAAGAGAUAGCGUGUGGGGCCUGCCCGCGCCCCCGACGUGACACCUCGCUCGUGAUACGCGUGGUCUGGUUCGGGGAGACGGCUCGGUGGUGCGCUGGGUUGCGUUUCCCCGCGUGUGCGCUUGCCUCGCUCCCGCGGUGGCUGUCAGCGUUGUGUUUCUUGCGUCUUCGUUCAGCUGUGACCUGCCCCCCUCCCCCCUCCGCCGUGCUGUGAUGUUAGCGGUGUUAGCAGAGUCCGUGGAUGGCUGUGAGUCCCCCUCCUGUUUGAGACAGAGCACCUGCAGAAGUUGCACGUAGUGAGCUCUCGAUAUCUCCAGCUCGACUGGGUACAGUCUGUCCAUGACACAAAGAGGAAUAAAGAGCAGUCAGUACUGCUUUUUUGUAUGUGUCAGAAGUAAAGUGGUGUAGGAUAACACACCUGGGCUUUUACCUUUUAGUAAACAAUCUUUAAAAAAGUGUUCACUAAAUUUAAAGGUAAAAGAAAGGAAUGAUUUUUUCAUAAAUUAGUGAUGUUAAAUAUACCUACAGUAGAACCUUUUUAUGAUGUUCCUGCUUAUAACAUCAUAUUUUUAGUCCCAACAUUUUCCCCAUAACAUCAUAACCAAACAUGAAUGAUGCCAACUAACACUGGCUACAUUUUUGUAAGUGGUACACCGUGGUGACGCAAACAAACAGAUAAUGUUUAUAACGUUUAAAAAUGUCUUUAAAAGAAAAUUUCCACAUCAGACAACUUCGUAUUUCCGAUAAUUAAAUAAGUGGUAAUGUCCGAAUAGAUAUUAGAUUUCUAUUUUAAAAUACAUUGUUUUAUACGGAAACAAAUUCCCACACAAAGUGCUCUGAAUCUAAUAGCGAAACCAAAAACAUCAUGCGACGUUUACGCGAGAGGUUUUUUUAUCCAAAUUUUGACGCCCUAAAAUAUAGGUGCGACGAUUAUGCAAUAAAAUAAGGUUACAUAAAAUUGGUUUGUAUAGCUUGUUGAGUCAAACACUGACAAUUGUUAAAUCAAUAUUUCUUGCUUAUUAACAUUUUCCUGCUAAUAAUGUUUUUCCAUUAUGCCCCCUUGGAAAACAUUAUAACAGGGUUGUACUGUAUAUGUUUAUGCUCACCGCUUGCUUGAGAACGUUAAUUGUUGACACUUCUUGUGAUGCAUCAUGUACAUUGGUGCAGAUAAGUGUUCGCUGGUGAUUCAAGCUGACUGGUACACGCACCACUACGCCAGUCACAGAGGUCGUACGCAAUGUGUCCGGAGUCUGGGAUGUCAAGAGUACACUGUGAUUCUUCUUGUGUGCUUGUUUUGGCAGCAAAUGGCCGGGAACAGGAUGUCGUAGCGACAGAGUGGGUUUUCUUCUGACAGCAUGUGCUGUGGGGUUGUCCAGCAAUGUUGGAGCUUAGCUUCGGAGAAAGCUUCUUGAAUUAUUUUUUUACUAUCCUGCAGUUAUUUAAAGUUUGUCACAGAUUGUCGGCCAUAAACGAAAAUUUUUUAACUGCUGUUAAAAAUUUUCAUUUGUUUGAAAAUGCAGUAAAGCCAUUUUUCUUACAUCUGUGAUUUUAUACUUGCCAGAAUUUUUCAAAACUUCUCAGUGAUAAUGUUUAGCCGGAAUUUUUCAAAACUUCUCCAGUGAUAAUGUGUAAUGCUCAUUCUAACUUUGAAUAAUAUUCCUCUUUCUAUACUAUCCUGAUAACUUAAAAAGAAUAUAUAAAAAGUGGGUUUUGUUGUUAUCUACAUGUUGCAUUCUGUUUUAUUGUUGGAUAUUGUGUUGUAGACUAGGGUUUCCUAGCAAAGUGUGACUGUACGUACAGUCACUCACACAACAUGGUGGGAAUGUGAAGCGUGUGCUGAGACAGUGUGCUCUGCUGUUUUCUUCUCCGUAGGGUCUUGUGAAGUUGCAUCAUGAAACAUGUAACUAUGUCCUGGUCUGACGGCCGUACUUAUCUCUCUAUUGAUCGUGUUCAUUUGUCGAAAGUUUAGUUGAUUGUUCAAUAUUGUUUUUGGUGCUGUGAAGAAAACACAUGCAGAGAUUUGUAAUAAAUUAGUUUCUGAAAUACUUUACUGUGGAGGAAAUGAAAAUACCAUAUUUACUCGAAUAUAAUGCGACUCUGGAUUUAAUGCGACCACAAACAUUUUUUGAUUAUGAGUUUAUGUAAAAAUCUUUAUGGGUUGGAAAUCGCAAUUCAAGAACAUAGCACUUGAAAAUUAUUAAAUUCAUUCCAUUUUUACAAGACCCUUUUGAAAUACCAACUUGCAGUUAGAAAAAAAAAACUGUUUUUUAUGACGGUAGAUCGAAAGGAGGGCUGUUCAUAAAGACAAGACUGUGGUGAUGUAGGUGGUCUUCUUGCCAGCAGCCACAGGGAAGACAAGCAGGAAGAACCCAGUGACACUCCAUCUACCCCCUCUCCUCCAACCUGCAUCUCUCAUCCGUCAAGUGACAUGAGUGACACAUUUAGGAGGCAGAGCCUGUAGUUCUUCAACUGAGCUGUUCCCAAUGGCCAGAUACAAGUUUACAACUAUAAUGCAACCCCCACUUUUAGUUUCCACAGUUUUGGUAAAAAUCAUAACAUUAUAUUCAGGUAAAUUCAGUAGUUAGUUCUCUCUUAUCCUUGUGUAUUUGAAAGUGGUCACGAUUUGAUCCUCUGCAGUGAGCAUAAGAUAAAUGCAUUGAAGGGUCUUUGACCCGGCAUCCCAUGGCUUAGGGAUUCUGUGUUCCUCCUCAGUUGAGCCGCUCACGUUCACAUUGUCUCAGGUGGAUUCCAGCUGUUGACCUUUUGACGUUGACCGCUGGUGCGUUACUGAGUUGCCAGCAUUUUUAGUUUGUUCAGAGUUAUGUAAUUGUUACUGUCAGUUUUUCAUUUCACAUUUUAUCACUUGGUACUUCUGUUGAAACUACAUUGAUAUUUGGUAAUCUGGCACAGCUACUAGUCCAUAAUGGCAGCGUGCCAGUUUAAAGACCUUUUACCGCAAUAAUUAAGGCUCAAAGAUGAUCUCAAAAUGUUGUUGUGCUGAUGCCUGUCGCAAGUGUGUAUGCUAGACAAUUUUGGAAGUGAUUACUUAGUCCAUAAUUCCUUUUUUUAAAGUUACAGCCGAUCAUUCGUACAGAUUAUUUGCUGGGAAAGAAAGCAGCAUAGGGUGUGUUUUAUCCCAUGUAGUGUUUCUAUAUUGGUAAUUGGGGCGGUUUCACAAUAAAUUUCGAUCAGGGUGUUUACUCAAUUGCUGAAAUGUAAACUGUGUAGUUAGUUUGUCUUGACUUCAUUUAUUUUGUAAUUAAAAUUAAGAAAUUAAGAGAGGAACUACAGCAGAUUUCUGCCACAGAUUUUAUAGUUUCCUUUGCAAAAUAAUUGGUUUGGUGCACGAGUAACUUUUGGUAAAAGGUCAGUAAUGAGAAUUUCAGAAUACGUAAUUAUAGAUUGGGAAUCUUGUUGUCAUAUGGAAAGAAAAAUUUAAAGACCUAACAGUACAUUUAACAUUAAAUUUUUUUUUUGGUGUUUUAUAUGAUUUUUGACUUUCUCUAGAUUCUAGAGACUAUCGUGACACAAUAGAAACACCCGGGUCUCUUUAAAAAGUACUCAUCAGGUUUGUUGUGUGGUUUGUGCUUUCUGAAGUUGCUAAAUGUUGGCAUUUAAAAAUAGCUGUCUUUUUUUAUCGUUUUAAAAAUAUUUUAUGAAGUUAUGUUCUCACCCAAAACUCAGAGUUUGUGAGCAUUCAAUAAAUAUUCCAUUUGCAUGAAUAAUUUGAUGUUUGAUAUUCAAAUUAACAUUUAAAAUAGUUUUUUUUUUAAAAUUAUUCAUUACCAUUAGAUAACACCAAGUGGGACUCAUUAUCAAAAAAAUUUAAUUGAAGAAAAAGUAUAACAUGUUUGAAGCUAAAAUAGUUUAUUGAGAAAUUUAGAUUUGUUAUCUGCAAUAUUAUGCAUACUUUGACAUGUCUAUAAUUAUUUAGAGCGACAAACAGUUUUCAAACUUAAAUUUUUAUUGGUUUAAGAUAAUGCAUUGCCAGGUUUAUUUAUUUUCUUUAAUUUUACCUCUAUUAUGGUUUUACUGUAUGUUAAAAUCAUCAGUUUGGGAAAUAUUUGCUAUUAUAGAUUGAUAUUCAAUUCAGAUACAUAAAAUAAUUUUGCAGAAACCUACCCAAAACCUGUGUAGGAUUGUCGGUGUGAAGGUGAGACUACCAUUGGCUCCAGCGGAAAUCGGAGGAAGAGGAGUGGGGAUUAGUUUUGUUUGUUUGUUUGAAUGAUUCCUGUUGUGAUUGUCACAACGGAAUGAUCAUUUGUGGGCAUGCCCUUUAUUGAGUUGGUUGUGUGUCGCAGGUAACCUAGGUUUGGACAAAGAUGUAGGAUGGCACAUGAAAAACAGGUGCUAAACAACAAACUUUCAGAGAAUUUUGCAUAAGAGAACUAAGUCAGACGUUGAUCAAAGAAAAUAGACAGAAAACAGCAGUGUGAUCAGAUGUACAAAUAAAUGACAGUAAGUUUGUAAAAAUAUGCAAACAACUGUCGACAUAUAGAACGGUGUAACGAUACAGUUGCGAAAAUGGGCAAUUAGGCUCUAAUCCUGUAAAGAUGAGGUUUCUGCUCUGAAAUAUUUGCCUUUAAGUUGGAGUAAUGCUUGACUAAGUAACACAUUUUAAAACGAAAAUUGCGUAUAUGACGCCAAAACCCAUUAUACUGUCAUGGUCAACUUUUACACAAAUUUAUUUAACUUCGUAAGUUUUUCUCUCCCCUGUGUAUAGCUUCUCAUUUUACAAUUUAGAUGUGUCACAGAUGUGCACAAAUAUCCACUGUUUCUGGGCAUAGAUGUGAUUGGAUUGACCAACCCUUUUUAGAAUUUUGUCUAUUUUUAACAUUUUAUGGAACCUAAUUUCAUGGUUUUGGUGAUAUAACUGUCCGUCUUUCUUUAAUCCAUUUCAUUUAAAGUAGUUUGAUAGUGACAGGGACUUUGCCAAAAAUAAGUUUUAGGACUAGAUUAAUAUUUUUAAAAUUUUCUCUGUGUUUACUCAACAGCAGAGUAAUGCAACAAAUGUUGGCCAAAAGACAUGUUGGAACUUGUAAUAAGUCUGAACUGAUUCUCAACUUGUGGGUAUGCUUGCAAUAAGUACCUACCUAUGUUAUUUUGUUACUUAAGUAGUUUUUUUUAAAUAAUAGAAGGAAGUUGUGUCAACUAUGUAUUUAUUCCAAGAUAAAAAGUUGUUCACAAAUAACGUGUGGAAAAAAAAAGAGAGGUACUGUGCAUAUAUUGCUGAGACUAUGUUUUUGAUCAAGAAAUGAAAAAAAAAAAAAAAAAAAAAAUGAAAAAAAAAAAAAAAUGUGGACUAGCAAGUCCCCUACUGUGCGUAAAAGAAUCGGACCAAUAAUGCGGAAACAAUAUGCAGAUAACUUUGCUUAUGAAUUGUAACAAUUAGAGGAAAAACUCAGAUUUUUGUGUGGAUUUGUGAAGUUCUUUACCUCUCUCGUAAUGCUUGUUCUUUGUCUUAAUAUUCAUCAUGACCAGCCUCUUGAUAGUUUAUUUUUUGUUUCAUGAUUCUUGGUGUUUUCUGGGCUACGAAAGACACCAAAAUGCAGUGUGUCAUAUUUUAAAAUAUGUAGGCUCUAUGUGUAAAAAUUAAACUCAUAAUGUAUUUUGCAAAGGGAACAAAAAAAAUUAGUGGCAGGUACUUGCUACAUUACUGUUGGUUUACGUGCAGCUGUGAAAAGGCACCUGCAGUCUGUUCCGUGGCCAUGGAAUACUUCACGGUACGUAUGGACCUUUAUGUGCAAGGUUCAGAACAUCUCCUGUAGUGAAAAAGUGUUGUGUCCAUAAAGUACUGAGGACAAACAAAACAGGCUUCAUCUGUGCAAAACGAACUGUAAACUAUUUGUCUUAAGUCAGUAUUUGUUCUUGAAAUGGUAAUUUAGGGUGUAACUGAUCCUAGUGUCAGCUCUGCAUUGCUGCAUUGGAUUCAUUAGCUGUACUUAUUUGCUUAUGCAUCUCCUUCGAUUGUUUUAAUGUAUCCAGAUCUGUGAAAUGUACGUGCAACCUAAUGGACCACUUGUAAGUUAAUCGUUUUAGGGGGGAAAACUGUGAACAAUGAACGUUUAUACAUAUACAUAUAUAUUUGUUACUGAGCUCGUUUGAAGACUUAGCAACUAGAAUGUGUGCUUGAUCGUAUUAUUUUUUUUCAUACGUUAUAUACAUAUUUUGCAUACUGCCUUGUACGAUGUACGUUAAGUAAUUACCUCAUUCCUCAACAUAUAUGUAGUAAGUAAAUGUGUUUGUAUAUUACACCUAUAUAUAAUUUGUUACUUGUGAAAAUGAUUAUUUUCACGUUCUUUUGUUAAUCUUUAUUUCCAUCUCUAUUAAAUGUUUCUUUAUUGAUAUUA